CGACGCUCACAGACCUUGGUUUGCUCAUGAUCGCCCCACGCAAGACGUUGCACUCGACGCCCCGCGCCGUCCUUGCCGAAGCGUUCGCCUUGGCCAAGGUCGGUCCGAGCGAUGUCAUCUGCGACGUGGGCUGCGGCGACGGCCGCGUCCUUCUCUACGCGGUGACCGAGCUCUGCGUGGCCAAGAGCAUUGGUAUCGAGAUCGACCGAGCGCGCGUCGAGGCCAUCCGCGCCAGCGCUGCGUCCAUGGGCAUCAGCGACAAGGUCCACAUACACUGCGGCAAUGCGCUUGAGAUUCCCAUUGACGACGACGUGACGGUUCUCUUCCUCUUCCUCAUUGAGCGGGGCCUCAAGCAAGUGUUCCGGCAGCUUGAAGCGUGCACGAGCCGCCUCCGCGCCAAGCCGCUCCGUAUCCUCACGUACCUCUAUCGCAUUGACGCCAUGGACCCGUAUCUGGUCGAGACGCGUAUGUGUGCUGCGACGGCCGACGGCGCGACCAAGGCCGAUGCUAAGUUUCCCAUCUACCUCUACAUGCUGCCGCCCAAAGCCGACUUGACACCGCCGUUGCCAUAGUACAUCGUGCAGCAAGAGGCACUAGCCGUGACACGCAUUUACAACCUUGCGCCUUUGAACGUCAGCUUUCUAAUAUGACUCUAUCUCCAUAUCUCAACGAUAAUGUUG